CACUAGUUUUGUUUUAAUUUGAUCACUGUAUAGAGUUCAAGCGUGGUCAACGAAGUAUUCCUGAUUCGGAUGAAUGGCCUGAGGUGGUUACGGAUGCUUUCUGGCAGGGCUGUGAUGAAGACACACCGCAACCAGAACACUGCUCCCUGGUCAUUGAAUUUUUGGACGCAAUCGGAGAUUUCAAACUAGAAGACAUGGAUCAGGACGUGGUGGAUUUCAUCAUCAAAACGUGGCAAGCUGGAAUGUAACAAGUACAUGAUGAAAUCCGAAUAGAUAUUGACACUACAGUACUGUACUGUAUUACGAAUUCUAAUUCAAUCUGAAGACGAACACAGCCGCCCAUGGAAGAUGCUGUUCUCCUCUUUGAUAUUACCUUAAGCUCUCUUUCUCAAAACCGUAGAUGCCCGCGCGCUCUAUCCGAACCCUCGGCAUUUUCCUGCGUCGUCAUCUAGCAGUUCUUGGAGUUGAAUAAAGGCUGAUACGUGAAUACGACCUGUGUUAGGGUAUGAUUCCUUUUUAUCCGAAAGAUGCAAUUGUUUCCAUCGGCAGUAACAUGACGUGCGUCGACUUAAGUAUUGUUAUUGUUCGUGAUUGUAUCGAAUGAACCUUUGGUAGUUGGAAGUUUUUAAUCGAUGCAGGAGUGUCAAUAAAUUUGCCUUAUUCGUAGAAUAUAUGAAAUGGGGCAAUCGCCGGGAUUCGAGGUGGUAAUUCUUGCCGGAGGCAAAGGUUCUCGUCUUGGAGAGCUUGCCGUUGUGAAGGAAAAGCCCCUGCUACCGAUAGCAAAUCGGCCUAUGAUUUAUUAUCCUUUGAAGCUCGCGCAAGAUGCUGGCUUUCCAAGUG